GAAGAAGAAGUAGACCGGAGCAGCAGUAUCGGUGCCCACAACACAGAAAGACGCAGACAGACAGUUCAGUAAAAAACAAGAGACGCUCCAUUUUGCAAUGAUAACACGGUCGAUCUGUCAUUUCGUAAUAGACACGCCGGAGCUGCAAUGAAGGCAGGGGCCUCGUCUAUGUGGGCUUCAUGCUGUGGUUUGCUGAAUGAAGUCAUGGGUACUGGGGCUGUCCGAGGCCAGCAGCCAGGGUUUGGGGCCAGUGCGGGACCCUUCAGAUUUGCCCCCAGUGCAGGAUACUCUACAUACCCGCCCACCAGCUCAGGGACUCCUGGUCUUGUAUGUAAGGCCUGUGGUCAGGCGUUCUCCGUCUUCAGGAGGAAGUACAUUUGCUGUGACUGCAAGAAGAGCUACUGCUCUCUGUGCUCCGUGCUUCAGGAGAAUCUGCGCAUUUGUGCAACAUGUCAUUUGUUAAAGGCAACAGCCUUCCAGCGGCCGCGCCUCAUGCGCCUACGAGUCAGGGACCUGCGUCAGUACCUGCUGCUCCACAACAUUCCCACGGACACAUGCAGGGAAAAAGAGGACCUGGUGGACUUGGUGCUCUCUCACCGAGGAAUCGAGGAAGAGGAGGACCCCGACAUGAGCAGCCUGCACUCUCAUUCCCUGUAUACACAAACAUCCUCCACCACACAGUCUGCCUCUGAGCUGUCAGCUUUUGUCGUCUCUCAGGAGGAGCGGCUCAGCAGGAGUGACAGUUCAGAUACCAACCAGGAUGGUGAUGCAACGUCUGUGUCUCUUCUCAACUUGGACCCCAGUGAUCACACUCCUGAGGUCAGUCCUCAGACGCGAUGCCGGGCCAGAGCGUCUCUCUCAGACCUCUCCAGCUUGAGGGACAUCGAAGACUUGUCGGUCAGGCAGCUGAAGGAGAUCCUGGCCAGGAACUUUGUCAACUAUUCAGGGUGCUGUGAGAAGUGGGAGCUGGUGGAGCGCGUCAGCAGAUUGUACAGAGAGACGGAGGAGAACAGGAAAUCAAUGGAAAAUGUGAGCAGUACUGUAACCACAGUGGUGGCCUUCCCUCCCUCCCCUCCCAUCUGCAACGGUGCCAUCAGAGAUGGGGAGAAGGGCCCUCUGAUGAUCAAUGACGACAACCUCUGCAGGAUCUGCAUGGACGCCAUGAUCGACUGCGUUCUCCUGGAAUGCGGUCACAUGGUCACAUGCACUAAAUGCGGCAAGCGAAUGAACGAGUGUCCGAUCUGCCGGCAGUACGUCGUGAGGGCAGUGCAUGUUUUUAAGUCUUAAUACACCAAUGCAACACUUCUGAUUGGACUGAGACUUCAAUCAACCAUGCAGCUCAUCACCUUUGAAUCCAUUAAAGACUUACUUUGUGGAUGUUCCAUGUUUGUUUGCACAUUGAUAUAUAAUGAUUUUUUUUCUUAAGAAUUUGACUCCUGAGUUUCACCAGUGGGCAGAGCGUGCUAUUGACCCUCCUCUGAGUCAUUCCUUCAGUAAACAUAUCUCUAACUGUGUUUAUUCCGAAGUGUCUGUUUUACUUUUCUUAAUGUUUUUUUAAAGCAAAGAAUGUGUGGCACUCAGCCACGUGCAGUCUUGUUUGACACAACUGUUCACCCUCAGAUGUAACCAUUAACUGUAGCUGACACUCGGCUCUGCUACGGACUCUUAAGAGCCCCUCGCUUUACAACUGCUGCAAGUGACUACAUAUCUUAAUAGCACAGUGGACUGACACACACUGGACCUCACCGCGGGAGAGGGGGUGAUAGUGGACUCGGUGCCAAAAGAUGGAUCAUGCCCUUAUUAUUCUCACCCAUUUAUUUCCCCUCGACUGUGUGGUCCGGUGUGUGCACGUCAAUUCUCCAGCACGUUUUAACAGAAUGCACUUUGUUCACACCGUGUGUUUAAUGCACCACUUCUCACAACCAACUGCAAACUAUGACCAGUAAUGACAGCUGAGGUAGCAUUUGUACAAGGUGUUGUUUACUCGUCCAGACUGCAGCUUGAUUGCUCCAGUUUGGGAGGACACGGACUCUGUUGAGGUCAGGAAAAAAAAAAAGGCUAAUCAGAAAUAACUGAGCUUGACAUUGGUGAUAUAAAAUGAAGUUGGUCAGUUUUAUUAUUUUCACGUUCUUCUUUGUUUUGCUAUUAAAGCUCUUAUUGUAAUGCAUUAAAAAAAAAUCUAAAGGGUCAUGCAAAGUCUGUCUUUACGGCAAUAGCUAACCUCCGCUGUCACCUCUGUCUUAAGUGGAGACGAAAAACCGGUGCUAACUCAUCCGACCAUCUUCCCUGACUUCAGCUCAAUUGUGGAUGUGAAACUCUGAAUGUUCUUGUUAGUGUAGUUGUAUAUUGUUGGGGCUGGAAUGAAGUGUCUUAAUGCGUUUGAGUAAAUUUCUCUCAUGUAGGAGUAAUGUAUUGAAUUAACCAUUCGAAGCUAUAGCUACAAGUUUACUGACACCUGUGGUAUAGAAAGUAUAUAGAAAUAAUGACUUGCUAAUGUACAUUUGCAUAUAUUUAUCCAUAUGAGAUGUAUAUAUCUAUAUUUUUUCCAUUUGAUUUGAAUGGUGUAAUAUGAAAUAAUGAAACUGUCCCUGGCCUUGGGUUAGUUUAUAAUUAAUGACUUAAUUUUUCUGUCAAGUGAAUUGAAACAUGUUUAAUCUUCAUUGAUCUGAUUGAACAUUUUGUCCCCUCUAAAGCCAGAGCAUGACACCCACCUUUAUGACACUGGUUAUAAUAUCUCUAUCUCUUCCACCUUUCAAACUCCAUUUCCUGGUUUUCUUCUCUACUGAUCCUGCUCAUUCAGAAGUGUUCAGCUCUUUGAUGCACCACACAAAGUCAUCAUUGCUGCUAUUACAGAUUAAAGUCCCCCACCCAUUUGGACAGGAGCGGAGAAGUGGCACUUUUCCUUUAGAGGGUGUUAUUGUGUGCAAGGUUUGUUCUUUGUAUUUGGGAAUGUUAAACUUUUUAUUUUGGUAAUUAAAGAUUUUAAUGAAAGUC